AUGCAUUUCGUCUUUCCCUCGACCACAGCUAUAUAUGGAAUAGCAGCGAGCACAGGCAAGCCAUUGGAUGAGGAUCCGCUCACACAUGCAGAGCAACUAACAGCGUCGGCACCACCACUGCCCCAAGCAACAACAACAACAACAACAACAACAACAACAACAACAACAACAACAACAACAACAACAACAACAACAACCCCCUACGCCUGCACCAAGCUCUUUUCCAAAGCCGUCCUGGCCGAACUCGCCGCCGCAGACCCCGGCUGGUCCAUCACAGCCCUGCGCUGCUUCAACUCCGUCGGCUGUCACGAAUCCGGCUUGCUGAGACGAAGAUCCACGCGGCGGCGGUGGAGGUACGGUUACCGCAGACGCUUCCACAAACUUAUUCCUGGCAAUGGCGCGCGUCCUCAAGGGCGAGAGCAUACACAUUACGUUUACGGCUCCGACUGGGCGACGCGAGACGGGACGGCCGUGUGGGACUUUGUGCACGUUGUCGACGUCGCGCGGGGACACGUUGCGGCGUUGGCGGCGCGCUGUGCGGGCGUCGGGGAGGAAGAUACCGGUCAGGUGGGCGGGGCGGAGAGCGGGGGCCGUAGGGGUAUGUGUGGCGGCGACGGAGAGGACCAAAAGUGA